AUGUCUGGCAAUUUCGACUUCCCACCAGCAUCCUCGACCUCCAACCCACCCGCACACCGGGACAAUUUCCCUGCACGCAUCCAAGAGCUUCGCCAGGUCUUCCAGCGAGAACGUGAGCGGACCCGAGUCAACCUCGAAGCCGAGGCUGCACAUCGGCGUGAGCAUCGCGAGUCACCGUCAAUGCCACCGCGCCGAGCCCGCUCGUCGAGACCUACCCCGCGGAUCCCAUCGUGGAGGGAAAUGGCAGCCAGGAACGCCGAGCAGAACGCGAACGCCGAGCAGAACGCAAACCCCGCUCCCCCUGCCCCGCCAGAGUCUGUUACGAACUCCCUUCGACGCAGGCCACGAGCUGCGCCAAGUGAGCGAUUCAACAGCUUGCGCCGUCUCAGACAGCACCGUGAGCAGAGCAGCAGCUUGACUGAGCUGCAGGAGGCCGGAGAGCGUCUCGCUCAGCUGAGCUCCAACCUGACGAGUCUUCUCGACGAGCCGCUCCAGCUGCCAGACAUCUCCCGGCUCGAAGCUCCCACAGAGCCAGACACCGACCGACCGAGACUUAAGCGAAGAAAGCUGGAUCAUGACAGCGGCGACACAGGCUUCCAGGCCGUCAAGUACGGCUACUUUGGGCAGGUCGUCCCCGGCCGGCUGAAGAUGGAGAUCGUCAGCUGUGACGGCGGAGAGUACUCGGCAGAUUCCACUGCUCUAUACAGGGCCGAGAAUGUGCUCAGGAACGACAAAAGCGUCUACUGCACGAAGAGCUCGAGAUGCAAUCUUGUGCUCGGACACCAAGGCGAAACGACCUUUGACUUGCAAAAGCUUGUCAUAAAAGCGCCCGGGCGAGGCUUCACCGCUCCGUGGGUCUCCUUCGACACCCCAUACAGAGCCGCGGCUGACGUGUACAAUACAUAUAGCGUGCAAGAGGGGAUGAUCUUCGUGUCCAUGGCCCAAGACAAGCUGCUCAGCAGCACCUCGCAGUACGAGAUCCAGUACCUCGACCCGUCCACCGCGCCGCCAUUACGCUCCGCACCUGCACGGAACCGAGAAGAACAGCUCACGCUGCUGGAGAGCCUCCGCGACCCGGAAGUCCAAGCAGCAUACAGCAGGCGUGCAAACCAGCUCCGCCAAGCCGCGCAUCCAAGGGGAGUGGCACGACCACGAAGCCACGAAGACCUCUUCCUCCCCACAGUAUCCGACAACAGCAACAGCACCUACGACGUCUGCGACUGGCCCGCCUUUCGCGCCCCAGCACAGCCGUCCACACCCCGCGUGGACCUCCCACCCAUCACCCAGCCCUUCACCGUCUCCACCGACACCGACGACGAGCCGAGCGACGAGGAUGAGUCCAGCGCAGCCACCAUCGCGGACCGGCUGAGGCGCGACAGCAGAUGGCGGCCCCAGUCCGACAGCGACACGGACGAGGACGACGAGAUGCGCCCGCUGAACAUGACCAGGUACUGGGUGGAGCGGAUGCCGGCUGGGCCGUUGGGGUAUGUCAGGGCCAUCCAGCGGACCGCGCCGAGCCGGUUCCAGGUUCGGGAGGCGCCGGGUGCGGCGGGGGAGGGGGGAGAGGAGGUCCCGGCGCCGCAUGCGAGGUUCUUUAUCGAGAAGGGGAAGAGUCGGAUUACGGUCAGGUUUGAUCCGCCUGUCUCGGGCAGGUUCAUCCUCCUAAAGCUCUGGAGCCCACUCGCACACGGCGGCAACAUCGACAUCCAGAGCGUAACCGCCUACGGGUUCGCGGGGCCAAGAUAUUUCCCAGCCAUUGAGUUAAGGUAG